AGGAAGGAAGGGGGAGGCCCUGGCUGCUGCUGACCCAGGCGGACCCAGCCCGGCCCCCGCUAGCUCUAGACAGCGCCAUGCGGGGCCCGAGCGUGGCUCUGUGGCUCUUCCUCGCUCUGCGCACAGCGCUCAGCAGGAUGGAGGUGCGGUGGUGCACCACCUCAGACCCGGAGCAGCAGAAAUGCAGUGACAUGAGCAGAGCCUUCCAGGAAGCCGGUAUCCAGCCGUCCGUCCUGUGUAUCCAGGGCACCUCCACUGACCACUGCAUCCAGCUCAUCGCGGCCCGGGAGGCUGAUGCCAUCACCCUGGAUGGAGGAGCCAUUUAUGAGGCGGGGAAGGAGCACGGCCUGAAGCCCGUGGUGGGCGAAGUGUAUGAUCAAGAGGUCGGUACCUCCUAUUAUGCUGUCGCCGUGGUCAAGAGGGGCUCCCACGUGACCAUCAACACCCUGAAAGGUGUGAAGUCCUGUCACACGGGCAUCAACAGGACAGUGGGCUGGAACGUACCAGUGGGCUACCUGGUGGAGAGCGGCCGUCUGUCCGUGAUGGGCUGUGACGUGCUCAAGGCUGUCAGCGACUAUUUUGGGGGCAGCUGCGUCCCCGGGGCAGGAGAGACGGGCUACUCGGAGUCCCUCUGUCGCCUGUGCAGGGGCGACGCUGCUGGGGAGGGCGUGUGUGACAAGAGCCCCCUGGAGAGAUACUACGACUACAGCGGGGCCUUCCGGUGCCUGGCGGAAGGGGCAGGGGAUGUGGCCUUCGUGAAGCACAGCACCGUGCUGGAGAACACGGACGGGAAAACUCUUCCCUCCUGGGGCCAGGCGCUGCUGUCCCAGGACUUUGAGUUGCUAUGCCGGGAUGGCAGCCGGGCUGAUGUCACCGAAUGGAGGCGAUGCCACCUGGCCCGCGUGCCCGCUCACGCCGUGGUGGUCCGGGCCGACACUGAUGGGGGCCUCAUGUUCCGGCUGCUCAAUGAAGGCCAGCGUCUCUUCAGCCAUGAGAGCAGCAGCUUCCAGAUGUUCAGCUCUGAGGCCUACGGCCAAAAGAACCUGCUCUUCAAAGACUCCACCUCCGAGCUGGUGCCCAUCGCCACACAGACCUACGAGGCCUGGCUGGGCCGCGAGUACCUGCACGCCAUGAAGGGUCUCCUCUGUGAUGCCAACCGGCUACCUCACUACCUACGCUGGUGUGUGCUGUCCACUCCGGAGAUCCAGAAGUGUGGAGACAUGGCUGUGGCCUUCAGCCGGCAGAGGCUCAAGCCAGAGAUCCAGUGCGUGUCGGCCGAGUCUCCCCAGCACUGCAUGGAAUGGAUCCAGGCUGGGCAAAUCGACGCCGUGACCCUGAAGGGCGAAGACAUCUACGCGGCAGGAAAGGAAUACGGCCUGGUCCCAGCAGCGGGGGAGCACUAUGCCCCGGAGGACAAUAGCAACUCCUACUUUGUGGUGGCCAUCGUGAAGCGGAACAGCUCCUAUGCCUUCACCCUGGACGAGCUUCGGGGCAAGCGCUCCUGCCACUCAGGGUUCCACAGCCCCGCGGGCUGGGACAUCCCCGUGGGCGCCCUGGUGCAGAGGGGCUUCAUCCGGCCCAAGGACUGCGACGUCCUCACAGCUGUGAGCGAGUUCUUCAGCGCUAGCUGCGUGCCCGUGAACAAUGCCAAGAACUACCCACCCUCGCUGUGCACGCUCUGUGUGGGGGACGAGCGGGGCCGAAACAAGUGUGUGGGCAAUAGCCAGGAGAGGUACUACGGCUACAGUGGCGCCUUCAGGUGCCUGGCUGAGAAUGCAGGGGACGUCGCCUUUGUCAAGCACACAACUGUCUUCGAAAACACAAAUGGCCAUAAUUCUGAGCCUUGGGCUGCUGAGCUAAGGUCAGAGGACUAUGAGCUGCUGUGUCCCAAUGGGGCCCGGGCCGAGGUGUCCCAGUUCGCAGCCUGCAAUCUGGCACAGAUGCCAUCCCACGCCGUCAUGGUCCGGCCGGACACCAACAUCUUCACCGUGUAUGGACUGCUGGACAAGGCCCAGGACCUGUUUGGAGAUGACUACAAUAAGAAUGGCUUCAAAAUGUUCGACUCCUCCAACUAUCAUGGCCAAGACCUGCUUUUCAAGGAUGCCACGAUCAGGGCGGUGCCUGUCGGGGAGAAAACCACGUACCGGGCCUGGCUGGGCCCCGACUACCUGGCGGCUCUAGAAGGGAUGCUGUCUCAGCAGUGCUCGGGCGCAGCGGCCCCCCGGCUGUCCCCGCUGCUGCUGGCGCUCCUGCUGGGCCUCCCGGCCGGCCUCCUCCCGCCCGCCCUCUGAAGCUGCCCCGGGCAGGCGCGGCCCUCCCUGCCGGUGGAAACCUGCUCGGGAACCUCUCUAAAUAGGCUCUUCCCCUCGGCGCGUGGGAGGGCAGAGGAGGUGUGAGAAACCCCGGAGCUCCUCAGAGCUGCGAUUCUGACACCGAAGAGAAGUUGCUGCGACUGCUUCAAACCGGAAUAAAGCUGAACGUGAAAGGAAAGGGCCCCCAGCUCGAGUCGAGUUGGACGUGAGCGGGGCUCCCGCCUGAAGCCUGCCUCUGCCUCCCCGGCACCAGCUGUCCCUCAGCUACCUGAGGCGGCCGCUGGCCGGCCUCCCAGUCACGCCCCCACCCACAGGCUGGCAGCCGCCCCCCCCCCCCCCCCCCCGCGGGGCCCCGGAUUGGAAAAGGCCCGUUACCAAGGAAACAGGCCGAGCCCGGCUUCCCACACAGCCCUGUCUGCGGGAGCCGCGCCCGGCCCUGCCGCGCUACCCGGGGCGCCCGUCCCCUGCGCGGUCCCCCUAAUGCGCAGCCCCGGCUCUAGCCUCCCUCUACCGGCCUCCCUCCUUAGGACGCGGGGUCUGUCCGGGGAGGCACCCACCAGA